AUGAGAAGAGCGGAUUUCAAAAAUUCAAAUCUCAAACUCACCACCCUUCAUCCCCGCUCUCACACCUUUCAUACACACACACACACACACAGAGAAAGAGAGGAAGGAACUUUCAGAAGCGGAUCUGUGACUGAAAAUGUCUAUGCGCCACGAGAAAGAAAAGGGCGUCAACGUCCAGGUCCUCCUCCGUUGCAGGCCGUUCAGCGACGAAGAGUUACGGAGCAACGCACCGCAAGUUGUGACUUGCAAUGAUUACAGUCGAGAAGUCGCCGUCUCUCAGAGUAUCGCCGGCAAGCACAUCGAUAGGGUUUUCACCUUCGAUAAGGUUUUUGGUCCUUCUGCUAGGCAAAAGGAUCUUUAUGAACAAGCUGUUACUCCGAUAGUUAAUGAAGUUCUUGAGGGGUUUAAUUGUACUAUUUUUGCGUAUGGUCAAACUGGUACAGGGAAAACCUACACUAUGGAAGGGGAGUGCAAAAGGGCCAAGAGUGGUCCCAAUGGAGAGUUACCUCCGGAAGCUGGAGUCAUUCCCAGGGCUGUCAAGCAGAUUUUUGACACACUUGAGGGCCAGAAUGCGGAGUAUAGUGUGAAGGUCACCUUUUUGGAACUGUAUAAUGAAGAGAUCACCGAUUUGCUUGCCCCGGAGGAGAUUUCUAAGGUUUCUUUGGAGGAGAAGCAGAAAAAACAGCUGCCUCUCAUGGAGGAUGGUAAAGGUGGAGUUCUUGUAAGGGGAUUGGAGGAAGAGAUUGUGACAAGUGCUAGUGAGAUUUUUACGCUUCUGGAGAGAGGGUCUGCUAAACGACGGACUGCUGAAACUUUGUUGAACAAGCAGUCAAGUCGGUCACAUUCGUUGUUUUCAAUUACAAUCCAUAUCAAGGAAGCAACCCCGGAAGGAGAAGAACUAAUUAAAUGCGGUAAACUUAAUUUGGUUGAUCUGGCUGGGUCAGAGAAUAUAUCUCGUUCUGGUGCCAGGGAGGGCCGUGCAAGGGAAGCUGGGGAAAUUAACAAAAGUUUGCUUACUUUAGGACGAGUAAUCAAUGCAUUAGUGGAGCACCUUGGUCACAUCCCUUACAGGGAUAGUAAGUUAACUCGCUUACUGCGUGAUUCACUCGGGGGAAGAACCAAGACAUGCAUCAUUGCAACAGUGUCUCCUGCAGUUCAUUGCUUAGAGGAAACUUUGAGCACGCUGGAUUAUGCACACAGGGCAAAACACAUAAAAAAUAAGCCUGAGGUUAACCAAAAAAUGAUGAAAUCAACACUUAUCAAAGACCUUUAUGGUGAAAUUGAACGUCUUAAAGCAGAGGUUUAUGCUACGCGUGAGAAAAAUGGUGUCUAUAUUCCAAAGGAAAGAUUCUAUCAGGAGGAGAGUGAAAAGAAGGCUAUGUCAGAUCAAAUUGAACAGAUGGGGCUCACAAUAGAAACGCAACAAAAGCAACUUGAGGAUUUGCAAAACAAAUUAGUCGACCAAAUUCAACAGUGUUCCGAUUUGAGCAACAAACUCGAUAGUACCGAGAAAAACUUGAACAAGACUAGCAAAUUGCUUGCCAACAGAGAGGAAGAAUUAAAAAAAUGUCAGUACACUUUGAAAGAGAAAGACUUCAUCAUUUCUGAGCAGAGAAAAGCAGAAAAUGCACUGCAUCAUCAAGCAUGUGUUUUACGUGCUGAUUUGGAGAAAUCUCUUCAGGAUAAUGCUUCGUUAUUUUUGAAAAUUGGCAGAGAAGAUAAGUUGAACUCAAAUAACAGAACUGUAGUGAACAAUUACCAGGCGGAGCUCGCUCAGCAAGUUGGUUCUCUUUGCAGCACUGUUGCAACGUCAUUGUCUGAACAGAAUGAACAUCUGGAAGGUGUGAAGAAGCUCUGUCAUUCGUUUUUGGACGUUCAUGAUAAGGCCGUUGUUGAUUUUAAAAAGAAAGUGACAUCUCUGAGGUCCUUGUAUAUAUCUCAUAUCGAGGCAGUACAAAAUGUCGUGCGCUUGCAUAAAGCGAACUCUGAUGCUGCCUUUGAGGAACUUACUUCUGUUAUAUCCUCCAAUGGCGAUUCAAUAGAAAAAUUUCUUGCAUCCGAGGCUACCGAAGCUGGUUCAAUAUUUGAUGAUCUUCAGGGUUCCCUUUCAACUCAGCAGGGUGAAUUGGCAGUUUUUGCGAGCGAGUUACGAAAUAAAUUCAAUCUCAGCAUUGAACAAAUAAAGGAUAUCUCCGAGCGCUCUCAAGAAUUUGUGGAUAAGCUUUUUGAAGAAUCAAAAAAGCUUGAAGACUACGCUUCACAGGCUGACCAAGUGCAAAUGAAGAGCAUUGAUGAGUUUAAAAAAGCUUACGAGGAGCAAUCAAAAUCAGAUACAGAGAAACUUAUUGCUAAUAUGACUACUUUAGUUUCUGAUCACAUUCGGCGACAAAUGGAUCUGGUAGACUCAAAGCUUGUUGAUCUUAGGGAAAGCGGAAUGAAGAACAAGUCCUUCUUGGAUGGACAUUUGUCUUCAAUGGGAGAUAUUGUUACCAAUGCUAAAAGGAAAUGGCAGGCCUUUUGCGUUCAAGCAGAAAAAGAUGCAAAAGACACUUCGGAUUUUUCUGCUGCUAGGCAUUGCCGUAUGGAGGUGCUCAUGCAGCAGAGUUUUAAGACUGCUAAGUCGGCUUUUGAGCAUACAAAGAGGACACAUGAUGCUGUGAAUGAGAUGGGGACCAAACAUAUUUCGGCAACAGAAUCAAUUGUCAGGAAUGCUACUGAUGGCAAUGAGCAACAUGUCGUUGAGGUCAAUUGUGCACGAAUUUCAGCAGAAGAAGAUGUGGCAAAGAAUAGUGAGGAGCUUAUUGAGCAGUUUGAUGUCACUUCAGCACAGGAACGGGAUUCCAUAUCUGGCGUAUUAAAUGUGGUGAGAACUCAUGCAAAUACACUUGAGACGCUACGAGAGGAUCACGAUGGCCAAGCUGCUUCGAUUGAACACAGAGCAAGCGAAACUUUUCAACAGCAAUUCAGGGAUUAUGAACCUACCGGUACAACACCAAUAAGAUGUGAAGCUGAUGUUCCGACAAAGGGGACAAUAGAGUCUCUUCGAUCCUUGCCAAUGGAAUCCCUGCUUGAGGAAUUCCGGGAAAACAACCCAUUCGAAUCUUCUGAUGUAAAGGAGUUGAAACCAUCUCUUAUUCCACGUUCGCCUCUUACUCAACUGAACUAAAUGGUGGUAUAGUAUAAGCUUGCACGGUUGGGUCCUUCAUUGUUACAAAUUUGUAUUUCUAUUGUAACAUCACAUUGCUUUUGUUAGCCAUAAUUGUUCAAAGAAUGCAUCCUUGGAGGAUAGGAUUGUAAUGUGAUAUUUAGAGCAAUGUACUCUGUAAAUCCCACCUUGGGAUGAAGUAUAGGUUAAAAUAAUGUUUAAUUUUAAGUAAGGCUCUCGCUUUUGUUUAAGUUU